UGAUCGCGCGUUUGUCGGCUGUGCGUUCAGAGCGGAUUGAUCCUUGUCGCCGCUGGGCUGCCAUGACUGGCCGCGUUGAUCCCGCGCGAGGAAGUGCUGCUGAUGAUCGAUACAUCGCCGUGUUCGCGUUGCCGCUGCUGCCCGGCACCGAUUGAGAUCUGGACCGCCAGGUGACUCGGACCCGAAGUCCGUGAUUCGCGAUGACGAGCAAGAAGAGUCACACCCUCCGCAUAGAGUCCGAGAUCGAUCGGAAUCGCGAGGAUGGUAACUGGAAGAAGGUUAUACAACUCGCGGAACAUCUAAAAGUGCAGUACCCCAGCAAAGAGUGUCUAGCGAAUUUCUUAAGCGGAGAAGCAAGAUUAGAGAGUUUUUUGGAGCAAACUCCACCGAUAGACGCUAAUAUUGUCAAGGCACGAAAUGGAUUGACAGAAACGCGGAAAUAUUUGUUACUAGCUGCUAAUGAAAAGGAUAAACAGGCGUUAGUCGUUUUGGAUGCUCAUCUGCUACUUGGGAAACUUCACUAUGCGAUGGGGAUGUACGAGGAUGCGAUUCAUCACUAUCAACAAGCCGAACUAGACACACUUACAGAAAAGCAAUUACCUUGUCGAAGUUUACGUAUUAUAGCAGAAUCGUAUGCAAUUAAAGAGAAAGAAAGAUCGUUUACUUUAGACACUGACAAACAUUUAUCCUGCCGAAGACUGCGCAUUAUAGCAGAAUCAUAUGCGAUCAAAGGUCUCUGUCUGGAAAGGCUACCACCACACUCCAAGUCGAAAUACAAGAUUACAGAAUGGCAAGAACAGAUAAUCAAGUGUUACGAGAUUUCUGGCGACUUGACGCUGGUGUAUUUGCAGGAACAAGACAAAAUUGCUAUGCAACAACAAAAUGGUAUUUCCACUAUAAAUACAAAUAAUACAGGUACAUACUCCACCACCACACCAACUCCAGUUUCUGCAAAAUAUAUUGGCCCCAUUUUGGAAACUGCGCUACAGAGAGCGCCAAUAUUGUAUAUUCAAACUGGCAACAUACAAGCCGCUGUUAAUCGUUAUAGGGAAAUUUUAUCUGCUGUUGAAUCUACAACUACUCAGAGUCUGCGGGUAACUCUGACCAGACAGUUGGCGGAAGUGUUAUUACGUGGCAUAAGCGGUACUGAUUACAAACCACCAGACGAACAAAUUGACACAAUGGCAGCCGUGAGUAAUAGACGGGUGAAUCAUUACUCAGGCGCCAAUCUGUCGGAUUCGCCGUGGAAACCAAAGAAGUACGUGGGACCAAAUAUGUUCGUCCCCAGGAACGAGUACGAGGAAUCGAUUCUGCUGUUGUUGAUCAGCGAGGCGAUGGCGGUAAGAGACGCCGUCCUCAGCCAAUCGCCCGAAUUCAAGGAAGCCAGGAUACACGCGUUUGAGAAUGCCACUGCUAUCUACGACCUACUCACGGUUGUCGUCGUCAGAUGGAGUCAAGUGGAACUUUUACAUGAGUCUUUCGAAAGAGCAAUGAAGUUCUCUCACGAGGAAGUACACAUAUGGACGCAAUACGCACUAUGCUUAAUAAGCAUGGGGAGAUACAUGCACGCGUAUAGAGUUUUAAAGGUAGUUGCCAGGCUAUCGCCUCAGAAAGUAAUGCCCUGUCUGUUGGCGGCGAGACUAUGUUACGAGCAGUUGAAUAUGAUAAAUGAAGGUAUCGAAUGGAGCCAAAAGGCUCUGCAGCGAGAAAUGGCGAGUUCACAGGGGAUGCAGUCUAGAUGCCACUUGUACAUCGGAAUCGGCCACAGCAUGCUUUCUACAAACACAAUCGUGAAGCAGGACAAAGUAAAUCACACAAACGCCGCGAUGGACUGCUUUCAAAAAGCGCAACAGUGCGAUCCUAACGAUCAUCUGGCCGAGUAUUACCUGGCUCACGAAUAUGCAAUAAACAGACAAAUAAGCGACGCCAUCGUGCACGUGAAAAUUGCGCUGAAUCUACGAGCAGAACACAUUCCAUCAUUGCAUUUAUUCGCAUUACUCCUGUCGGCACAUAAGCAGUAUUCUGAAGCAUUGCAUGUGAUAAACAGCGUACUAGAGGAAUAUCCGGACAAUUUGAAUUUCCUCUAUGUAAAAGCGCAUCUCGAAUUGCGAAGUAUCGGCGGUGUCGAUGCAUUAUACACCAUCAGCCACAUGUUACAUUUAUGGAAGAGUCUUUAUGAGGAUCAAACGAACGUUAAUUGCAACGAGCAACAGAGCGAGAAGCGCAGCGAGACUAGAAGCGUCUUUCAGCUUUACACAUCGGAAAUGUCCGAUAAAGAUUCUAGUUCCCUGCAUGCGCAAUCAUUAGCCGCUUCGAAAGUCGAGCAAGCCCUUUCUGAGGUUGCCUCGUCAAUUAGCUCGUUCACACCGAAGCCAGGGCCGCAGAGAGCAUGGCUGCUGCAAUUGCAGAUCUGGCUUCUGCUCACCGAGGUUUUCCUUAUUCUGGAUCAACCAAAUGGCGCUGUUCUAUCCCUCCAAGAGGCUACCAACAUCUUCCCAUUGAGUCAUCACAUUAUGUACACGCGUGGCCUUCUGCAUGAAUACAAGUUGGAGUAUACGGAAGCAAAGCAAUGCUAUCAAAAUGCUGUUUCAAUUAAUCCCUCGCACAUAAAGAGUUUACAACACCUGGGUCUUAUUUAUCACUAUUUGGGUAGUCAGAGACUGGCUGAGAAAACCUUGAGGGACGCUGCAAAAAUCGAUCCAAAUUCUCAUCAAACUUGGUAUAAUUUAGGAAUGGUAUUGGAAUCACUGGGCGAGGUGGAGGCUGCCAGUGACUGUAUGGCAACAGCGUUGGAGGUCGAAACGACAAAUCCCAUUUUGCCGAUUCUGUCGAUACCAGUGACCUUCGAGUGAACUAAGAGAACAAGAUUCGACGAAUCACGAUUUACUUUUUCUCUAUAUGCGCGUUCGUAAUUUCCGCGGGCAUUCAUUCCCUCGCCUUCCCGUCAAUAGUACCUGGACACGUUGUACUAUUGUAUAAACUUAUUGUUAAAGAAAGAAAAGAAGAUAUAUACUUUAAUUAUACAAAAUAUAGAGUUACAAUCGAUGUAAUAAAUUCGAAUAAAGUCUUACCUCCAAAAA